AUGCAUGAGGACUUCCCUGUAGAUUCAAGUUGCCCUCCACCAGAAUAUACUCAGUCUCUCUCAGAUGCAGUAGCAGAUGGUUCUCCAACCAUUGCGCAACAUACUGGAGAUGAUGGACGGAUUGAGCUGGAUACUAAGUCACGGUUGUUCAGGACUCUAAGCAAGGUUGCUGCUCGCGAGCAAGGACGGAAAGACCAGGAGGACCACCACGACUGGGGCGAGCCGCCAAAAUAUGAAGCUUUCGAUCGCAAGCAAUUCAACCUCCGGUUAAAUAUUGUCAUACAGGUUGUAGGAAGUCGUGGCGACGUACAGCCGUUCAUUGCCCUCGGCACGGAGUUGAUUCGACACGGACACCGGGUUCGUCUGGCUACGCACAAUGUCUUCUCUGAUUUUGUCCGCGAUUCCGGCUUAGAGUUCUACCCUAUCGGAGGCGACCCAGCUGAGCUUAUGGCCUACAUGGUGAAGAACCCAGGUCUCUUUCCAAGCAUGCGCAGUCUUCGCGAAGGCGAUAUACAGAGAAAACGAAAGAUGGUGGCAGAAAUGUUAGAUGGAUGCUGGAAAUCUUGCAUUGACCCAGACCCGGUCACGGGGCGGCCGUUCGUUGCCGAGGCUAUCAUUGCAAAUCCGCCAAGUUUCGCCCACAUCCACUGCGCCCAAGCCUUGGGCAUUCCGCUGCAUCUGAUGUUCACCAUGCCGUGGUCCAGCACCAGCGCGUUCCCACAUCCACUGAUCAACCUCGAUUUGAAAAAUACAACGGUACCUGUGGGUUUAGCGAACUAUGUGUCGUAUCUAGCAGUUGAGUUUCUCACUUGGCAGGGGCUCGGUGAUCUCAUCAAUUCCUGGAGAGGAACCUUAGACCUAGAACCUAUUCCUACUUCAGAGGGACCGAGGCUAGCAGAAUCUCUCAAAAUUCCCUUUACUUACUGCUGGUCGCCAGCACUGAUCCCAAGACCUUCAGAUUGGCCUUCCCAUAUAGGGGUGUGCGGGUUCUUCUUUCGGGAGCCUCCGCAAUUUCAUCCACCAAGGGAAUUGGCUGACUUUCUAGAGAGUGGGGCCCCACCAAUCUACAUUGGAUUCGGAAGCAUUGUAAUCGAUGACCCGGAGCGACUGACUACAACAUUACUUCAAGCUAUUCGGGUUGCCGGAGUUCGGGCAAUAAUUUCGCGGGGAUGGAGUCAGCUUGGGGAGGCUAACGAAGUCGACGAGAAUGUGCUGUUCAUAGGAGACUGUCCCCAUGAAUGGCUUUUCCAACGGGUUGCUGCAGUCAUUCACCAUGGUGGAGCAGGAACGACAGCUUGUGGUCUUCUGAAUGGCAGACCGACCACGGUCAUUCCAUUCUUCGGCGACCAACCAUUCUGGGGAGCCAUGGUUGCAGCAGCUGGGGCUGGCCCGAACCCAAUUCCCCAAAGAGAACUUAAUAGUGACAAUCUGGCCGAGGCGAUAACAUUUUGCCUUACCCAAGACGCUUCAGUCGCUGCGCUUUCUCUGGCGGAGAAGAUGAGGAACGAGUCUGGCGUAAGAACAGCGGUCGACAUGUUCCAUGCCAACUUGCCUCUCGAGAACCUUCGGUGUGAUGUCCUACCGGACAGAGCUGCGGUGUGGAGAUACAAGAAAGGGAAGACGCAAUUGAAGCUUUCCAAACUGGCCGCGGAUAUACUAGUUGACAACCUUAAGAUAUCUUGGGACCAGGUUACCCGUUAUGACCCAUGUCCCACGGUCAUUGAUGUAACAAGAUGGGAACCGGUCACCGCCACAACAUCCUCACUCGCUAGCACCGUGAAAGGAAUGGUCGUCUCAGCUACUGACAUUGUCAUCAAGCCAGUCCAAGUGUACCAUAAAUCACCUGCGAAAUCCAGUACUUUGAAUAUUCCGUCCAAAAAGCAGAAUGAAGACGCACCCACUUCAUUGGCCGAGCAAGGAGAGACCAAUUGUCACUUGAGACCCAAUGCGGGGGAGAGCUCACGGUCUCAAGGCUCUGAUGCCGGAAACCGCUUGGGUCAAGCUAUCCUGGGAUCCGCCUCAGGCGUUGGCGGUUUCAUCAAAUACUUCGUCAAGGGCAUGUAUGUAGACAUGCCCUUGGCGACGACAGAAGGACUCAGGUCGAUGCCUAAGCUGUAUGGCGGUCAAGUUCGAGAGAUUGGUAAGGUCACGGAUUGGAAGACAGGCGUUACUGUGGCAGGGAAGAAUUUCAAGGAUGGGAUGGUGGAUGGCUUCGCGGACCUCAUCCGGGAACCAUUGAAGGGCAGCAAAGAGCAAGGUGCACUGGGCGCGAUCAAAGGUGUAGGCAGAGGAUCCGCAAACAUGGUACUGAAAACAUCCUCUGGAGCUUUGGGCUUAGUGGCCUACUCUGGACAGGGCAUUUGCAAGAGCAUCGCCGCCACAGUCAACACAGCGACAAGGCGUUCCAUCAAGCAAGCUAGGCGCGAGGAAGGGCGUUACUUGGUAAGUUCCGAGGAGUGUGCUGUGGACGAGGCAGUAAUCGUCAGGAAAUUUGAGACUCUGCGGGCAGAACAAAACACCUAG